AUGGAGGCUCGGGAGUCCGCGCAGGAGCUCGUGCGCCUCACCCCGCAGCAAGCGACGCGGUGCGCUACCCUCCUGUGCGACGUGAAGGACCUCCCCCUGCCCGAAGGGCUGGUUCACGGCAACCUGAGCAAGGAGGCGCUGCUCAAGAUUCUCCAGGAGCUCGCCCUGAGCGACCCCGGUCUGUUUCUGGAGCGGUUCUGGCGGCACCUUCCCGCGGAGGGCAUUGAGGCGUUUUGGGCCCUGCGGGAGGACUGCCCGAAAGUCGACCACUACACGAACGAGUGGGCGAGGCACCACACGGCAGCGCAGCGCGAAGCAGCCCCCAGCCAGCAGCAGCCGCCCCCCGCGAAGCGCGGCAAGGUCCCGGCGGCCGUCCGCAACCGCCGUCUCGCGGCCAUGCGUCGCCUCGCGCGCGACGAGGGGUACUUCACCGAGGAGGCCAUGAGGCAACGCUGCCCGCUGCUGCACCACUACUACGUUGGGCAGUACGCGGGCGACGCGAACGGCGGCGGCGUGGGGGCGCCUCCGCGCAACGCCGCGGCCCGGCGGCCCGGGGAGCCGCUCGGUGCGGCGCUGAUGCGGCAACAGGACGAGGCGGCGACGAUGCAGCGCAUGGCGAGGGAGCGCGCGGUGGAGCUCGCGCGGGAGCAGAUGGAGGUGGAGAGCGAGUCGGACGACGAGGGGGCGGACGCGGAGGGCCCGCGGGCGCCGGCGACUCCCCCCGGGCGCGGGGGGGGGGUCCGGGGCAGGCGUGAGGAGGCGGAGGAUGCCGGGCCGGUGUCGGAGGAGGAGCGGGCGCUGCUGCGGGGGGAGUUCGAGGACCUCAUGCGGCUGCGGUUCCUGUCCGGCGAGGACGCGGAGUUCGUGGACUACGGGGCGAUUGACGACCCGGGCGGCGACGCGUCGCUGGGGAGCGAGGUGGAGGACUUCGCGGAACGAGACGCGGAGGACGCGUACUUCGGGGAGUAG